AUGCCAUCGUUAAGUUCUUCAACAACCACUGAAGAUAUGGACGUUAUUAACUGCAGUUUUCAGGUCUUGAUACGGUUCCCACACACCAUGUCUGCACGCCUCACAGCCAUCGUUACUUGUAUUAUUAGCUCACUGGGCUUGAUGGCUGCUGUGUCAUGCAAUACGUUAUUUAUCGUAGCCUUUGCGCGGACGCGAGAACUUCGUACGUACGCGAAUCUAUUCCUUGUCAGCCUAUCAUGUACUGACUUACUUGUAGGCUCCAUUGUCGAGCCACUGUAUAUAACGCGGCAAACUCUGGCGCUAUCAGGAAUAGAUGACUGUGGUGUUUGGAUCGCUUACUUGACAAUGGCACUGUUCUGUACGGGUGCAUCUUUUCUGAACCUCACUUUAAUAAGCUGUGAGAGAUAUGUCGCAAUAUUUUCCCCACUAAACUACAUGCGACUGGUGACAAAAUCUCGCGUUUUGAGCAUAAUUGGUGGAGUGUGGCUAGCGUGGGUAACACUGACCUGUGUGCGUUUUGCUGGAAUACCAAACCGUAUUGUAUACCUGAUUUGUUUCGCUGUCAUUGGCUCAUGCUAUGCUAUUACGGCUUUUGUCUACUUCUUUAUUUUCCGAGAGGCCAGAAGACAUCAUCGAAGGAUCGUUAGCGAACAACAAAACUAUGAUCCUCUCGCUCCGAGUGUAGCGCGCGAAACUAAACUUGCCAAAACGAUGGCGUAUAUAUUUGGUGCGUUGUUGGUUUGUUACCUACCCGGGAUGACAAUUUUACUUAUUCGCACAAUUAAAGGCGACUCGCCUCAAUUAUUGUACAAUUACUACCCAUGGGCAGAAAACUUAAUUUUUUUGAACAGUGCUCUGAACCCAAUGAUUUACUGCUGGCGCAAUCGUGAAAUACGCCGGGCAGUUUUUCGGGUUAUCAAUCCAGUGUUAAGUCAGAUGUUCAACCGCCAUAUCGCCUCCUCGAUAAAGGUGGGGUAUGUUAACGAAGUUGGAUCUAGGACUCCGAAAACUGAAUACGCAACCUGUGUUUCUGGCAGAAGAGUUCAAACAUCUCCCAUAACAAGAGACGUCGAGAUACAAUCAGUUUGCUCAAGGGAGUAA